AUUCCUUGUGCGAAUUUCUUUUAUUAUUGUAAGAUGCUUCGUUUAAAUUUUAAAAUAUUUACAGCUACCAUACAUUUUCAUUCAGCAAGAGCAGUCCACAGUAAGAUCAGUAGCUCACGUAUUGAGGAGCAUCAGGCAGAAAUCAUGCGAAAAGGUCUUCCUCGUAAGAAACCCAUUCCUGGCGUGAAACAUAUAGUUGUGGUCGCCUCAGGAAAAGGAGGUGUUGGAAAGUCCACGACAGCAGUGAACCUUGCUGUAGCCUUAAAGGAAGUGAAUCCUGAUAAAGAAGUUGGUCUUCUAGAUACAGAUGUUUUUGGGCCUUCUGUUCCGCUGAUGAUGAAUCUGAAUGAGACACCACUCCUAACUGAAGAUAACUUGAUGGUACCACUAGUCAAUUAUAAUAUCAAAUGCCAUGUUGGCAACCCCGUGUGCAGCAUGUCCAUGGGUUUCCUGAUCGACGAGGCCUCUCCGGUGGUGUGGCGGGGGCUCAUGGUGAUGUCCGCCCUCAGCAAGCUGCUCUACCAAGUGUCGUGGGGGGCCGUCGACUACUUGGUGGUGGACACCCCUCCGGGGACUGGCGACACCCAGCUGUCCCUCGUGCAGAACCUGCCCCUGUCAGGUGCCGUGCUGGUGACGACACCGCAGGCAGCAGCCCUGCAAGUGACGCGCAGAGGCGCGGCCUUGUUCCGCAAGCUGGGGGUUCCUGUCCUGGGCGUGGUGGGGAACAUGAGCUGUGUGGCGUGCCCCAAAUGCAGUCACACUUCUCAGCUGUUCGGGUCUGGGACGCAGCAGCUAGCGACACAGCUCGGUGUGCCAGUGUUGGCAGAGGUUCCACUGCACCCCAGCAUCUCGGCAGGUGGAGACAGCGGGAAACCCGUAGUUACUUCUGCUCCAAACAGCCCUCAGGCGCUAGCGUAUAAGAGUUUGGGAAAGAAGAUUUCAACUGCCCUUAUUUCACUGAGUAACGGUGCAGACACCUAGCAAAGAAACAUUUUGAAGAAAUGUACAUCUGGUCAAAAAGGAAUAUGUUAUUCCUCCUCUAAUAACCUGUGAAUAUGUGUUAGUUAUGGUACAAUAAUUUUGUUGAUUAUUGAAAAACUUGAGAUGAGUGUGUGCUGUGUAUUACAAAAUAUAAUUAUGUAAACUUUUUACUUAAUUACUAUUUUAUUAAACUAAUUUUAUAAA